AUGAUAGAACAGUCCCUUAUAAGCGUUAAUGACAGCAAAAGUAUACAGAAAAAGGAGACGGAAGAUCAGCAAGCAGAAGAUCUCCUUUAUAUAGUAUUUUCUAAAUCACAAGAAUACAUUGACUCUUUUAUAGCCAUUCUUAAUAAAAAUGGAUACGAUUUUAUCGUCAAAACACUUCUGGAAGAUCCAGCUGAUCAGGCUCCCAAAGAUCCUCAGGCAAAUGCAUCCGAAUCAGAAUAUGAAAAGGUUCUCAAAAAAUGCUUCAGCGAAAUGAAAGCUGACCUACAAAAACAACAGGAUGAAAAUGCACAAAAACAAGUCGAAUUGAUGGAACAACAUAAGUCAGAAUUAAAAGAAGAUUUCAAAGCAGAAUUAGCUGACCUAAAACAAACCGAGGAGCAGAGGGAAAAAAAUGAGGAAAAAAUAAAGAGUCUUGAAACCCAGGUGAAUGCCUUGGAGAAGAAGUUAGACGAAGAACGCGCAAAAAAAGACGGGAGACGAUCUGGUAAGAGAAUUAAAGAAUUGGAAAAGGAAAGAGAUGAACUUAAAGCCGCUUUGACAAAAGUGAAGCAUGACAAUUUCUAUCUUCGAAAUGUUGUCAAUGACGUCCAAGACAAAAAGCAGACUAACAA